UCUAUAUCUCAUAACAGAAAUGAGGUCUCUCUUUUACACAAAAACAUGUCAUUAUUGUGAAUGUGGAAUAAUAUUGGAUUGUUUAUCGAAAAUAUAAUAUGGAUAAUGUUGAUUAUCAACAAGAAUUAUGUCUAGCAUUGAAUCUAUCAACAAAUGAAUUGACAAAAUCGUAUUCAAUCUGGCGUUUUAAUGUAUUACAUGUUCGUGGUUUGGAUGCAUUAACAUCGGAAGAUGUUUAUGAAUAUUUUCAACGUAAACCACAUUCAAUUGAAUGGUUAUCAAAUAUUAGCUGUAAUGUUACAUUUGGUUGUAUUAAUGAAGCAUUCGAAUCAUUAAUAUCGAUAGCUAAAGCAAUCAUUAUACAUAAAAAUGAUAUUGAAUGGCGUGACAAUUCAUUGGGUGUUAAAGGAGCAGAUAAUCUUAAUCUAAAAGUUGAACUUUCCGAUUCACUAGAGAUUCCUGUACCGCCUAAUUAUCGUUAUGUAAUGGGUGAGAAACAUCCAAAAGCUAAAACUAUUUUGAUACGUUUUGCAACGAUUAAUGAUCGUAAAAAUAAUCAACAAUUACCAGAUACCGCAAAUGAACCACAGCAAAUAAUAGCAGCUCGACCAUCAUCGCCAACGAAUUUAUCGUCGAAUGUUCCAUUGCGAAGAGUCAAACGGAAUACUGAUGAACAGAUGAUGGACAUCUCCACGCCUGAAGAUAUCGUUAACAAUUCAAUGGAAUCCAGACGACGUCAACAACAACAACGUCGUCGUCGUUCUAUGCCACCAAUUCGUAUGCGAAUGCGAGCUGAUGAGGAAGAGGAACGAAUACGACAACAACGUCAACGUCAACAACAACUGCAACGAUCAUCAAAUGAUUUACGUUCACGAUUAUCAUCGAAUCGAUCGUUUUCAUCAUCAAGAAUUGGUGAUCGAAUUCAACCAUCAUUAUCAUCAAAUAAUCGUAUAAUGAAAGCCAAACGAACCGAUUCAAUAUGGCGUCGAACUAUUGAUGAUACGAUUAAAAAUCGUAUGCGAUCAGUAGCAUUGGAUGCUAAAACGGGCAAAAAAUAUACUGGACAAAAUCGAAAUGUUGGCGAUUUACGUACCAAACUAAAUGAACCGAUCAUACGUGUACAGGUUACCUAUGAUGACGAGGAAAUACGCUUUUAAUUUUAUUAUCUUUGUCUUUAUUUUAUUAUUUUUUUUGAAUAAAUUUUCAUAAUCUA